AUGCCCAAAAUUUAUAAAUAAUAAAAUUCUUUAAAAAAGAGGUACUCAUACCUUUGUCAAAACUAAUAAUACAGCAGAGUAAGUGCAUGAUCCAGCAGUAUUCAAGGAUCCACUCCAACACCGACACAGAUCAGACAUGUUCAGAAUUGUUUGGACUUGUUUUAUCCCCAUAUCCAAACCCGCUUCGACCUAAGAAUUGCUCUCCAUUCGAAGUUAUAUUUGAAGAUACCCCAAAUUAUGAAAUAUCAGAGAAGGAUCUUGGACAGGCUGCAAAUCUCCAAUCUUGGAGUUCUUGGUGCUUUAAAAGAAUGCUUGCCUCAACCUCUCUUCGAUAUGCUAUUUAGUUACAAAUUUAGAUAAAUUUAUUAACAGAAUAGAAUCAAAACUUAGUCGAAACUUAUUUGUUGAAUUUGGCUUAGUGGGACUAAUCAUAGCUUUAGGCAUAUAUAGCAUAAUGAAUAAUACACCACAAAAACGGACUUACCAAGAAUUAUCAAAGUCGAUGAAGAUGACUGAGAGCAAAAUAAUUAUGAAUGCUGAAACUAUCAAGAAGGAUACUGAUCUCCUUAAGAGUCUAUGUAAGAAUCGCAAGCAAUCUGCCUCGAAUUAUGAACUAGAAGCAGGAUUCAAGCCUGAAACUAGUAGAAUUGAUCAGAAGACUCAAGCAUCCUCUGCAAGCGGUCUAAGCUCUUUACAUGGUUCUCCUGUGUUAAAGGCCCUUGAGAUAGAGGAUGGAGAUCAAGCAUUAGAUCCCAUUAUCGAAAUACCUGUUACCACAAACAGAAAGGCUCCUCUCUCACAACUUGGAUCUCAGAAGACAUACAGGCCAUACUUCUGUAUUUCCUCCUUUAAGGUUGCUCCUAAACCCAGUGAGUUACCUUCCUUACCGUUCUAAUUACAAAAUCACCCCCAAGUUCAUUAUUUCCAC